UGAUGAAGAUAUAACGAUACUAACUUGAGUUGAAGAGCACCAAGGUUAACGAGGACCAAAGAGGAGAUGUCCCUGAACCAGAGCGCACGUAGCACUGUGGCGGGCACCGCGGCAGAGGAGCUCGACCCCAGCAAGGAGGAGCGGGCGGGGCGCGUGAGGGAGGUCGGCUCACAGGCAGUCUGGUCUCUGUCCUCCUGCAAGCCUGGUCUAGGAGUGCAGCAGCUGCGCGACAACUGCUUGGAGAGCUACUGGCAGAGUGAUGGCCCUCAGCCUCACCUCGUCAACAUCCAGUUCCGCCGCAAGACCACCAUACAAGACGUCUGGAUCUAUGCUAACUACAAGGCAGAUGAGAGCUACACGCCCAGCAGGAUCUCGGUGCGCUGUGGCAGCCAUUUCAACGACCUGCUGGAGGUGGAGGUGGUCGAGCUGAAGGAGCCCACGGGCUGGCUCCUCAUCACUCUUAAGGACCUGAAGGACCGGCCCGGCAUCAACACGUACAUGGUACAGAUCGCGGUGCUGUCGAACCACCAGAACGGCCGCGACACGCACAUCCGUCAGAUCAAGAUCCAUUCGCCGGUCCGGGACGCGCCCAUAGCCGUCUACGCGCCGUGUGCCUUCACCUCGCUGGCGCUCCGUAGCAACCAGACCAUUCGGUAGCCUCCACGCAUCAUUUCAUUAUCAUCACAUGGCCUCACAACAUCAUCAGAUGGCCUAUUGUCCUCAUUAUCAGAGGGCCUCACGACAUUUUCGUCAGGAGGUCUCAUGUCAUUAUCAUCAAGUAACCGCGAGGCCGCGCGUCAUUGUCAUCAGAUGGCGUCACGACAUUAUCGUCAGGAGGUCUCGUGUCAUUAUCAUCAAGUAGCCUCGAGGCCUCGCGUCAUUAUCAUCAGAUAGCCUCACAUAAUCAUCAGAUGGCCUCGCGACAUUAUCAUCUGGUAGUCUCGUGUCACUAUCAUCAAGUAGCCUCGAGGCCUCACGUCAUUACCAUCAGGUGGCCUCAAGGCCUCGCGUCAGUAUCAUCGAAUAGCCUAUAAGUUGUUUUGUCAUUAUUUAAAAAAAUAAGUUCAGUUGUACCUGCUUUGGAAGACUGUCAAUUGGGGUAGCGAGAGGUUUCCUUUCAUUGUAAUUGCUUUAUUAGUUUCAUUAAUAUACUAGUCAGUGAUGUUCGAGAAAGGAUAAACUGUAGGAAAAGGACAAUCAGUCUGGAGUUGUAUUACAUAAAUAUCUGCCUGGUCGCUCAUAUUCGAAUUUGGUUUAUUUUAACUCUUGCAUCAGCCGCUUUUUUACAGCGUGUAUACCAAUGCAGGAUGUUCGGUAAGAAUCAUUUUCGGUCGUGGACGCAUGUACGGCGAGAGCCCAGAAGUAGCCCCAGCGUUUCCAUCCUCCACGAGCAGCAAUAGUUGAGAUAGUUUAAAUCAAAUACUGGAUCUCACUCGGGUGAUGCUCCUUGCCUAAUGCUUGAAGUGUUUAAGGUAACUUUUCUGCAUUCUUUGUUAUUCGCUUAUCGCCAUCUUAGUUGUUUUAUGAGGACAAGAAUGAAUUUUUAGGAGUGAUCUCAGUGUAUGAAUGACAAUGUUGUGUUUACCGGCUUAAAUGUGAUGCAUAUUACGAGAUACAAUUUUUUUUAGGAGGCUCCUCACGGGAAGAAUAGCAUAAUUUUUCUUCAGGUAUUUCGUGAAAGUCUUGCCGUCAUAUGAACCUAUAAGUUAUUAGACAUGAAUUUCCGCGACCUUAGUUCACGCAUCGUCACGCAUCGAUUCCGUUUUGCAAUGGUCGGCAUAGUAAUGCGCACAGCUGUCGUGGUGGGUUGGGGAUAAGUAACGUACCUGUGCUGAUUGGUGUAAUAGGUACUCACGUGAACUUCUUUCAUGUCUUCUUGAGGAUUGUUAUGUUUUGGUAGUUUUAAUAAAACGGAAUUAGCUUUUCA